CCGCGCGCCGUCCGUGUUGUUGUAGUAAAUAAUGGCGGCAUCGGGAGGCGGAUUAUCAUCUCCCGCAACCGUCGCGGGCUUGAGCGCCCAAGCGGUUGCUCGGGCUCGUUUCCCGGGUCGACCGUGCACGUUUCGCAGCAGGCUGCGGUCGGAGAAACGUAUCAGACGCGGAAGGUUGGGCACGGACGACGGGGAGCUGGCUGCCGGAGGGCCAAGGCCCGUCAACAUCGGCCUGGCGUUGAGCGAGGAUCCGUCCCUGCUGCGCUUGCUCGGGGUGGCGGAGAAGCACAGCCGGCAGAGAGAUGUGGGAUUCGACUCCAGCAACAGUGAGGAGGAGGAAGAUUUCACUGGAUUUGGGACCACAAGAGUUCGUCCACAGAAAACUUCUGGCACUCAUCCUCAAUCAUCGUUACUCAGCCAAGAGAAGUCUCACCAAGCUUCAGACCAUUCUUUGGAAGCAAAGCCUCUCGUUGGAAAAAUUAUACCCAAGACCCCUAAACCGGCUAUUAUUGGUAAAAUCGUACCAAGGGUCCCUAAAGAAGGCCAGAGUGACAAAGACAGCCCAGUAAAAUUCAAAGAAGUACCGAAAGUGGUAAUUCAACUGCAUGGCAAGCAGGUAGCUCUCACCGCAAAAGCCAGAUAUGCAGACGAGCAGGCCUCAGGUAGACAGAGCAGUGCAAGAUCAGCUGACUUUAUCAAGAAUUUAGAAAAAACAGCAGACUUAGGCAGCACGCAAAGCCAAACAGCCGCUACCUCAGCUGGUGGCACUAAGCAAGAGAAGCUGGUGCGUGCUCCGGCAGAAGUCAAGGGUGCAGGAAAAGCUUCCAAGGUCAAAGAACGAGGUGAGGUAUCAGAGGACUUAGACACAGACCAAUCCCAGCCACAGAGAUCUGUAAAACGCAGGAGGCGUUUUCAAAUUGGGAACAACAGACGCACAUCUCAAGCUGUUGCUCUGUCCAUCACAUCCUUUCACAAACGGCAAAGAAAGAGAAUGUCGAAGGGUAUGGGUACCUCUCCAGAGGCUGGAGCUGAGGCCGGUGCCCAGAGUGGAGAGGAGGCAACGAUGCCGCUCGAGUGUAAAUCUGCAGUUUCCCCUGAAAAAAGAACACACAAAAGACAACGCAGAUCUUUGUUUGGGCACAGACGAAAGCCACUAAAAAACGUUUCAACCAUUGGUCGUCCAAAAAUUGCUCGUAAUCGCACUAGGCAUGUUUAUUACACCUAUGUACCAUUGCCCACUCCAGCCACAACUACAGCGGAUGAGAAUGAGCAGCAGCUGCAGGGUCCGAAUAUCACUUCAUCAGUGGGUGAGCUGAGCUCGUUUUCGGAACAAAUUCAGCAGAGCUCAAACAACUCCUCCACUCCUGUCAUGACGGCAAGGUCCUCCCGCGUUAUUAAAACUCCAAAGAGAUUCUUGGACGAGGAAAUGAUUUCUUUUCCAAAGGGUUCUCUGUCAUCCUGGCUGAAAAGUCAGCAGAAAGAGGACGGAAAACCAAGUCCAUCAUGUCUUGAGUCAAAUUAUGAUGACAACUCUCUUCAGUCAGACAAUGACUCUAUAUCUAUGGUUGACAGCCCAUCGGCUGUGAAAGAGUUCUCAUCAAAGCCCAGUCCUGGCACGAGCCACCUAGAGAUCUACAAGAACCUCAAGAAACUGACCUUGAAACUGGCAGAGAAAAAGAAAGGCCAGCCAGACACUCAUGGAAAUUAUACACAUCAUGGUGAUGGUUUGACCUCUCAUGUCAAGAAGAGGCGGAGGUCAAAGCUCAUGAUGGAGGAGAUGGACUCUCCUGGUGUUGUGAGGAAACUAGCCGUGGUGGUGAACACUGAUAUGGAAGUUCCCUCACAUGUGCCGUUAGAAGAUAAAGGCAACAAUGAUGGUGAAGCAGGAAUUAUGACUGGGGACAGCCACGAGGCGUUGGAAGUCAGCGGGCCCAGCCAUCGAAUUGGUUUCGGUGGAGCAAAUAAGACGAUGCUCCACCUGCUGAAGAAAGCCAAAGUCCAGCUCAUCAAGAUUGAUCAACAGAAGCAGCUCAAGUUGUCACAGCUGGGAGAAUCACGUGUUCCAAUAAGUGGAAGGAGGAGGAGGAGGAGGAGAGUUGGCGUAUCUCCCAAAGAUACCAGUCCUCAGGAGCAGCCGCUGGGCGGUCCGAGGAUCAAACAUGUCUGUCGGGCAGCAGCAGUGGCUUUGGGGCAGCCACGUGCCAUGGUGCCAGAUGAUAUUCCCAGACUCAGCGCCCUGCCACUUCACGAGAGAGAGGGCAUCACCUUUUCUCCCACAGCAGAAGAUGUGGCAGAUGACGACGAUGACAUCACUGAUCAGGGCAGGGCUCAGUGGGUUGUCUCUCAGGAAAACAUCCAGCGGAGGAGGAGGGGGAGGGGGAGGGGCCGCAAGUUCAGAAAAAGGAAGAUCCUGAGUCGUUAUGCAGCUGGGGGAGUCCGUUCCCGGCGCUGUGGACGCUGCAAAGGCUGUUUGAUAGAGGAGGACUGCGCAAAGUGUAUCAACUGCCUUGAUAAGCCCAAGUUUGGGGGGCCCAACACCAAGCGGCAGUGUUGCAUAUACAAGAAGUGCGAGCGGAUUGAGAAAGCAAGGAUUCAGCGCAUCAUCAAACCACUGAAAGUCCAGGCGAGGCGGUUGUCGCGCUCUGUGUCAAGCAGUGAUGAUGCAAAUGGAGGGUUUGAAGCAGCCGGUGAGGGAUCCUCCUCGAUGGUGCCUCGAGUCAGGAAACACUCCCUGCGUAACAUUACACCACGCUCCUACAGUAGCCUGCUGAAGUCUGAAUCUGAGGAUGAAGAGGAAGAAGAAGAACAGGUUAAGGCAGAUAAACAAACAGUCAAGCCAACUGUAGCUGCUGCUAGCAAUCAAGAUCUUGCUACUCAAGGUGGCGGAUCACUGCCAGAAAACCCUCAAAAUGAGGUGGUGAAGCAUCGCAGGCCCUUCUCCAGAGGAGCUGGGAGCAGACCCAAAGCUUACAAGAAUCCUGCAGAAUGUGCGUCAGUGAACACCCUGACGGGGUUAACUAACGGAUUUCCCCAAAAGGGCCAGUUGCAGAACAAGUACAAGAUCCGUGUGGACUUUAAGGAGGACUGUGCUGUACAGAAUGUAUGGCUGAUGGGCGGCCUCAGCGUCCUCACAUCUGUUCCUACCACACCACAACCUGUCUGUCUGCUCUGUGCCAGUAAAGGGCGACAUGAGAUGAUAUUCUGCCAGAUCUGCUGUGAGCCUUUCCACAGUUUCUGCCUCUCACCAGAGGAGCGCCCCAUGAAGGAGAACAAGGAGAACUGGUGCUGCAGGCGCUGCAAAUUCUGUCACGUGUGUGGUCGUCGAAGCAAGAGCACAAAGCCUGUGUUGCAGUGCAGGAGAUGCCAAACCUCCUACCAUCCUGCCUGCUUGGGACCAACUUACCCUAAACCUAUGAACUGCAGCAUGCCUUGGGUGUGCAUGACCUGCAUUCGAUGUAAAAGCUGUGGUGUGACUCCUGGAAAGACCUGGGACCUGGCCUGGAACCAUGAGCAGGAUCUCUGUCCUGAUUGCACUGUUCUCCACAACAAAGGUAAUUUCUGCACCGUCUGCCACAAGUGCUAUGACGACAAGAAGCAACACACACAGAUGAUUCAGUGUUCAGAGUGCAGCCACUGGAUUCAUUACACAUGUGAAGGACUUUCGGAUGAACUAUUUGGGUUGCUGUCAAACCAACAAGAAGAAGUGUAUUUCACCUGUCAACCGUGCAGUCAGAACCCAUGUGAACCUAGCAGCUUGAAGGAGGAGCUGCAGAGCAGACUGAUUGCUGGACUGGAGGAGGUGCUCACUGAUCUCCUCUCCGACUCUGCCACACAGCACCUUCUUAUCUGUAAAGUGUGUCAGGAAACAAACAACACACACUCUGUCAGGGAACAGCAACCAGUCUGUGAUCUACAAGCCAUGAAGAAGAAGUUUAAAGGGGGCGGUUAUACCUCAAUAAAAGCUUUCCAUGCAGAUGUCACCUCUAUGAUGAAGAAGUGGCUGAAGGUGGAGGAGCUUCUCCCUGUGGAUCAGAGACCAACCAAUCAGGCCAGGGCACACUAUGUCAAUCUGAUUUCGCAGGUGUUCAGUUGGUUUCCUUCACGCCAUCUGAAAAAGUGGAACUCCUAUGAGGAAUUCCCAAGUAGCAUGCUCCCUGAGGCGGUCCUGCCACCAUCUAAGGAGCAUAGCUAUGCACAGUGGCUGGAAAGGACAUACCAUCCCAAGGAGUCCAGGGGCCCACAGACAGGAAAGACUAACUCUCUGCUAUCCUCAGUCACUACACAGCAGUCCGGUGUAUCCCACAGCUUCCCACUAUAUUCACAUGGUAUAAUGAACGAUAUGGAAACUACCAAGACUGAAGAUGUGAGGCAGUGUGCCCUGUGCCAACAAUAUGGAGACUCUGCUCCCUGUGAUGCAGGACGGCUGUUGUACUUGGGACAGAAUGAGUGGGCCCAUGUUAACUGCUGCCUCUGGUCUGCAGAGGUGUAUGAGGAGAAUAGUGCUCUUUUGCAAGUGCACAGCGCUGUCUCAAGAGGGCGCCACCUGCGCUGUGAUCGCUGUUGGCAGUCAGGAGCCACUGUGGGCUGCUGUCUUGCAACCUGCCAGAGUAAUUUCCACUUCAUGUGCGCUCGUGCCCAAAACUGUGUCUUCCAGCAGGACAGGAAGAUAUAUUGCUACAGACACAGGGAUCUGGUCACUGCAAAAAUGGUGACUGGAAAAGGUUUUGAAGUCCCUCGGCGGGUAUAUGUGGAUUUUGAGGGGAUCAAUCUCAGAAGAAAGUUCCUCACAGGUCUCGAGCCAGAAUCCAUAAACAUGACCAUAGGCUCUCUGCAGAUUCAGAAACUCGGAGUGUUGUCAGAGCUGUCGUCGAAUGGGAGGAUGCUGUAUCCCGUUGGCUAUCAAUGUUCUCGGUUGUACUGGAGCACUGUGGACCCUCGCAGACGCUGCAAGUAUACCUGUAAAGUGACAGAAGUGAGCACACCUCUCCCUGGUGAGGAGCAAGAUCCACGGUGGGACCAAGAAGAGAAUCACACCAUAGUCCACAGUCCCAGCCACCACAGAGAUAUGGAGUCCCCGGAUCGCUUAAGCUCCUCCUCCAGUCCAAUCAAGUCCACUACCCCAUCACCCAACUCUAAACAGCAUAACUUCUCUGGAUCCAAAAGUCCUGGUUAUACACAGACCAGGAGACCUGCAGGAGGAUCAUCUCGACCUCUUCCAUCUCCAGGGACCGCUCCUCCCAAAUCGCAUCACAUCCUGACAUUGAGGGACCUAGAGGACACCCGUCGGCCUCGCAGGCUUUCAUCAAGAAGCCGCUGCAGUUCCUCGCCAACAGACAGCGACCCGUCUGUGCCGAUGACCCUCCGCUCUGGUGGCACUGUCCACUCCAGAUGUGCCCUGUUUGGGUCCCCUCCAAGAUCGUCAAACUUGGGGCCAGCCUCGUCUCCUCUGUCACGACAGAACUCAGCUUCGCCAGUGUGGAGCUCCCCGCCUAGAUCCAACUCCAGUAUUUCUGCAGGGCUGUCACCUCGGCAAGGAGCCAUCACUCACUCCCCCAGAGGGAGGCAAAACUUUAAAAUCACCACUCCAGUUUCUGCAGAGGUUCCCCAAGACUUCCUAGCAUCGUCUGAGGCAGAAGACGCAGCAGUGGCCACGACCAAUGGGAUCUCACUUGCUCCCGAUAACCUGGAAGAGGAAGUUGCCCACCUGAUGGCCCAGGAGCUGCCUUACACUGUGUUUGACACUGACACAGAGGUCGCAGUGGCCUCCAUGCUGAAUGCAAAAUUGGAGUUUGACGAGGCUCUGCUCACUGAAAACGUGGCACUUCACUGUGGAGCACAAGGCGGGAGAGGAGAUGUGGAAGGUGUAGUACAAGAUGUGGAAAUGCAGGACAAUAAUUGUGAGAAUGACUCUGAAGAUGAAGACUCAAGCCAUUACUUUAAAUUUUCACGCACGGUGGUGUGUGACGCAACUAGCAGCUCAGACACCUCAGGUCAGCUCCCUUCAGCACAGUCGAUUUCACAGUUGGAUGGAGCGGACGGUGGGUCAGAGAGUGAUGAAAACGAGGUGGUCGAAGAUAAAACUCAGGACACAGAAGUAGAAGAGGGAGAGAUUAAGAUUUACACCAACCAUAAUACACCUACUAAACAGCUGACGGUUGCUCUUAAGAGGCUCGAGUCUAUCUAUACUGUAUCAAAGUCAGCAGUUGAACAAGGAACGGCUCAGCAAGAGUUUCAGGACAGUUCUCAACCAUCUGAUGUUCUUCAAUCAGUUUAUGUAAACGAUGAUAUGUCAGUUCAGGAGGAAGAGGUUCCAAUGAGCUCAGGAACACCAACAUCUCAAAAUGAUGUGUUUUUGGAUUCAGCUACAGGCCACUUUGUUUCUGUGAAUGAUGCUGCUGGAAUGUACCCAAAUAACAAUGAAGUUGACGAUAAAGAUGACAGUAGCUCAUCGACGGACUCAGUUGGAGGAUUUAAAGAUGAUCUGAAAGACCCUGAUUACUCUCCAGAAACCAAAAAAACUCCCACAGCACAGAUGAAAACUAUCGUUGUGAAGACAAAACGUCCAGCAUCAAACCUCAAACGCUUGUCGCCAAAACCGUGUCUUCCACAGCAGAACAAAGCCAAAUUGCUGUUGCCACCCCGACUUAAACCAACUCUAAAUAAUGCUUCACUGUCCCCUGCUGCUUCCACUUUUUGUGCAGUUCCACGCACAGUCACCUCCCCCAUUGUGAUCAACAGUUUAAACGCUUUGCCUAUUCAGCCUGGCGCCACACGUGGCAGAACUGUUGCCAUUCGCUUAGACAACUCGAGGCCUGGAAGUCAGCAGCAAGUUGUGAUUCAGAAUCAAGCUGCAGCCACAAGCUCACCCCCACCCCCACCCCCACCCCAAACUACUGCCCAUCAAGUCCUGCUUGUCAACCGUCAAGGUCAGAUUCUGAUCAAAGACCCAAGAUCAAACACUUAUCAGUCACUUAGUACAAAUUCUCCUGCCUACAAUAAAAUAAGCCAAAUUGCCAAGAUUCUCCACAGUGGUAAUGCCUUGCAGCGCUCAGUCCCUCGUGUCGUUAUAAAGCCUCACACCGGCCCCUCUGCCACAAACGUACCACCCACUGGUAAUCACACAACAACAUCCGAGAAAAAAAUCAUUAUCAGAGUGGUGCCUGUGAAAAGCAGCGGGCCUCCAGUUCCCACAACUCCUGUUAGUGUGCAGAGUGUACCUGAAGCAGCUUUCUCCAAUAUUCAAGAAAGCACAGCCCAGGCUAUUAUUGACAGAGCCAUGGCUACCCACCGCGACACGCCUAAGACAGAACCCAUCAUCCUCAGUAACACUCGAAGGCCAAAGGCCAGACAUCGAAGACCCUCCCAGUUUCAGGAUGCAGAGGACUCAGAUCAGUCACCAGAUGCACAUUCAGAGCCUCCAGGUGGUUUACUCAACGAACCAAAUUUGAACCUGCAACCAACCCCUGCUUCAUUGCAUCAGCAGGUGAGGACCAAGAGAGUGUCAUCACUGUCUGAAAGGCCCUCCAGGAAGAAAUCCAAGAUGGACUUCUUGAGGGAUCCUUCAGAUGAGCUGGAUGAUGUCAAUGAAGCCAUCCUCCUCAGUAACACUCAAAGGCCCAAAGCCAGACAUCGAAGACCAUCCCAGUUUCAGGAUGCAGAGGGCUCAGAUCAGUCACCAGCUGCACAUGCAGAGCCCCCCAGCAGUUUGCUCAAUGAACCAGAUUACAGCCUGCAACCAACACCUGCUUCAUCACGCCACCAGGUCAGGGUCAAGAGAGUGUCUUCAGUGUCUGAAAGGCCAACCAGGAAGAAAUCCAAGACGGACUUCUUGAGGGAUCCCUCACAUGAGCUUGAUGACAUUAAUGACACCAGACCAAGUGGUGUGAGAAUGAAAGCUCCAACAAUGAAGGAUAUUCUUGAUAUGGACCAGGAGAAUAUGCUUGAUAAGCCUGAGCAGUUGAGGAUUACUGCUCCACCGCUUCCUACACCCUCCAGAUAUCCUCAGGUUGACAGUUCACCUCCAAGUGCACAAACCAACAGUCACAAUCUGGGUAAAACAGACAUGUGGGUCAGCGCUCGCCAUGGAGACCUCUCUGAAUGGGGACCGUAUUCAGGUUUUAGCUCAGAAGACGAUGCACCUGCACCCAGACACAGAAAGAGGACAUACAUGAAUCAGCCACACCUCCGUUUUGAAAUCACCAGCGACGAUGGCUUCAGUGUUAAGGCCAACAGCAUAGAGGUUGCCUGGGGUGCGGUGAUUGAUGGUGUCCUCGAAGCUCGCGCAGGCUUCCAUCUGAAGCAGCUACCUCUGGGCGGGAUGAGCGGUCCGCGGAUGCUCGGUGUCGUCCACGAUGCCGUCAUCUUCCUGCUGGAGCAACUGCAGGGUGCCGCAAAUUGCAAACGCCACCGCUUCCGCUUCCACCGCUGUGACGACAUUGAGGAAGAGCUUCCCCUCAAUCCUAGUGGCUGCGCUCGUUCUGAAGUCUACACACGGAAAGCGACUUUUGAUAUGUUCAACUUCCUGGCGUCUCAGCACAGAGAGCUCCCUGACAUAGUAGGUCCCUUUGAUGAAGACGAGGAUGAAUUCCCACUGAAAUCCUCCAGACGAGCCACCAGCAGUGAGCUUCCUAUGGCAAUGAGAUUCAGACACCUGGAAAAAAUCUCGAAAGAAGCCGUAGGAGUUUACAGAUCUGAAAUUCAUGGUCGGGGCCUUUUCUGUAAGAGAAACAUCGAGGCUGGGGAGAUGGUGAUCGAGUAUGCCGGCACUGUCAUUCGUUCUGUCCUAACAGAUAAGCGGGAGAAAUAUUAUGACAGCAAGGGUAUCGGUUGCUACAUGUUCCGCAUCGACGACUUCGACGUGGUGGACGCGACAAUGCAAGGCAACGCAGCUCGUUUCAUCAACCACUCCUGCGAGCCAAACUGCUACUCUCGUGUCAUCAAUGUGGACGGCCGCAAGCACAUUGUCAUCUUCGCCCUGAGGAAGAUCUACCGAGGCGAAGAACUGACCUACGACUACAAGUUCCCCAUCGAGGACGAGAAUAAUAAGCUACACUGCAACUGCGGGGCGAGACGCUGCCGUCACUUCCUGAAUUAGUACAAGCAACACACACACACACACACACACACACACACACACACACAAUGUACCAAUAGCCAUCUUAUUUAAUGCAUUUUGAAUUCAGAAGGUGGACUUGAACUGAUGAAGGCGGCUGUUGUGACGCAGCCUUAAUAUGAUAUGCACAGACCUGAUCUGCUGAACAAUUUGUUUUAAGCUUAAUUUAUAGACUGAUUGAGGACAACAUUAAUUUGUUCAUUUCUGUCCUCUGAAGUGCUGUCAACAGUCAGAUUAGAGCCAUAUGUCAAAGCUUGGGAUGAAUACCAUUAAUGGGAUUUCAGGAUUGUUGGUCUGUUAGGAAGCGCAGUUCAAUGAAACUGCACACAGUUUUGGUUUUGUGUACUGUUUUAGAAUUUCAUACUCCACAUCUUUCAGUUUUACAUUGUUGAAUUAGUCGCCAGUAGCAACUGCUGGAACUGGGGCUAAACAGCCGUGAGGCAAUUAUUACCAGCUACAGAGGUGCAAUCUAAAAUAUCCUGAUAAGAGUUUUUACUGCGUAAAUCUAUUAUUAUGCGGGUGACGAGUGUCUGUGUAAAUACAAGGUCACAGAGAAGGAUGAGGAGAACUCAUUCAGUAUCUUACAUUUAAGAUGACCUUCUGUGGCAGCACUGAUGUCGCUGCAGACAGGACAAAUUUAAUUUCAGAGCAGAAUAAACACAUUUGACUCAAGGCACCUCAUGUACAUUUUAGUGCAGCUACAUUUUAAUUUCACUUUGGAUACAGCAGUCUACUGAGCAUGGACUCCAAUGUUAAAGGUGCUGGUGACAUUUACCCCAAAACGUAGUUUGAUACAGUCACCCAACAGUCGUCUUUUUCCUCUCAUUCAUCAAUUCAAAUUUCCAGUUUUUAUUUGUGACAGCUGAGAUGCUGUAAUCUAGAUGCUUUUAUCCCACUAUUACAGUCUGUUCUUUAUUUGUUCAAUUGUGCUGUUUGUGUAUUUAAAGGUCUAUGAGGGAGAAUUUCCUUGUUGCAGGGUUCAACCUGAAUAUAGUGAUCUUGCUCUGCACAGGCCCUUAUAAAUCUUUUUGUAUUUUUGUAUAUUUGAACAAUAAAUGUAUAUUCAACAAAGCGGAUGGAAAUAAAUGUGUUUGGGCUUUUAACUCCUAGAACUGAAGCUAAUGCUAAGUAAUGAUCCUAAGUUAAUCUUUUGUUUUUUGCAGCUGUUUUGCACCCUCUUCUGUUCAUUUUCCUCGUCUCUCACAGGUGUACUACCUCAGUGUGUGUUAUGAAGCAAGUUUAAUUACACAACGCAUCAGAUGUUUCAUCACUUCCUCAUAGUUCUGUCUUUCUAAUCAUUACAUCUUGAUAGUAUGAAAACGAAUACCACCAAUACAAUGAAAAACUGACUUGCUGUUAUACCUGCAAUUAAUUUGUAAGGCUAGGUGGCCACCAUGUUUUGUGCUCGUUUCCUCCUUUGUGCAACCACACCCAGCUAAUUAAUGUAGAUAUUACCCUCGAGUUUAAGUUAAAGGCUGAAUGCUGUGGAUGUUCGUUUUGUGUUUUGGGAUUAAUAAUUGAAUUUGAAACACAAAGCUUUGUUACUUUUAUCAGCUCACUAUGGAUUUUUGCCUGUACAUAAUUGUAUAAAGAAUUUCUAAACCUGUUAAAUAUUUUUUUACCUACUUUUUUUUUAUUUAUGUUCAAUAAAAAUUUGAAAUGUU